GUACAUUCUCUGUUUUUGUAAAGUUCGCAAGAUUGAAGUAAGAAAAGAUCGGUGCAUGUUGGGAAGAAGAAUUUGGGAUCAAAACGAAAAUGGCAGUGAGCAUUUCCUUAGCCAAGAAUGUCAUCUUCAACCUCUGCAAGCCCAAGGCGGCCUUCGCCAACUCUUCUCCUUCGUUGUUUCUCAAUAAAUCCACCAAAAUUUCAUCCCUCUCUUUCUCUACUUCUGCUUCUAAACAUCCAUCUUGGGAUGGAAAUGGCGUGGAUCCAAACAGAGACUCGAGGGCGGACUAUGCGUAUGAAGAUGCGAAGGAACGAGCGAAGGAAGGGGCCAAAGAAAUGAAGGAGAAGGCGAAGGAAAACACGCAGGAGGCCAAAGAGAAGGCGGCGGAGAAAGCAAAAAGAGCCUCAGAGACGGCCUCGGCAGCGAAGGAGAAGGUAAAAGACUACGCACGUGAUGCCAAGGAGAAGGCAAAGGAAGGAACGUACCGGGCGACGGAGACAGUGGAGGAGGCGACGGAGAGAGCGAAGGAGGGUGCAAAGGGGAUGAAGGAGAAGACGGAGGAGAUGGCGAAGGAAGGGACAAAUAAGGCGACGGAGACGGUGCAGAAUAUUGGGGAGAAAGCGAAGCAGACGGUGCAAGGAGCGUGGGAAGCUGCAAAGGAUACGACGAAUAAGAUGAAGGAGAAGGUAAUGGGGACAAAUAAUGAAGAAGAGGUUGAAGAAGGAAGGAGGGGGAAGGUGAUGGAUGAAGAUGUUGUGGAGCUUAGGAGAAAGGCUGGGAACAAGUAUGAUGAAUGAAUGGAAAUAUAUUUUCAAAUUUCAAAUAAUGUGGUUUGAUCAGUUCUGUUUCCCUAUUUUGGUUCUUUAAUUUCUGCUAACAUCAGUUGGAAUGAAUGUUCUUUUCUUUUAAGGAAUAUAAAUAAAGUAGAUUUUGAAACAAAAA